UGCACGUCUGUAGGAAGCUUGGAAUCCCGCAAAAAGUGUGAGAAUUUCGCACAAAUUAAAUAUUUUUCUUGCAUCUUUGCUUGCAUUUGAAUUAUAAACAGCGUAACUACCGUCUGAGGGAAUGCCCUCUCGUGUUCUUCACUACAAUACCGACGAGACACUUAAAAUAUUUAUUCGAUUAUUUGUCAAGAUGAACUUCACUGAGCAAAGUCUUCAGAGUGCACUACCUCAGUUUUCAGAGAUUUCGGUUCGUACAACAACACCUAGUUAUGUAUCAUCUAGCAGUGAUCCUCUUCUUUCAAAUCAUAGCACUGUUUACACGACUGCUGCAGAUACCAAUACCAAACAAAUUUUUAUUAAUAUGCACAACAAAUACCAAAAUACAGUCUUAAAUUUAGCUGAACCCAAUGUUUUUGUACAGUUCUGUGAAAAGCCAAAUCUGCAAUCAUUAAAUAUUCCUGCUUGUAAUCAAAAUAAUGCUAUUCUUAAUGUGCAGUCCCAGAUCUUGCCUAUGAAGAUUAUUCAGAACAUGUAUGUGGCCCAAGAUGGAAAUAUUGAAAAACAAGAUGUACAUCAUGUAAAAAAUGAAUCAGAAGAUACUAACAAUGAUCAUUUGUCACAGCAAAAUUUAGUUAUAGAAUACUUACAAAAUAUCCGGUCAGGUGCACUCCCUCUAUCACUCCAACAAAUAAUAAAAAUUCAGUCAGAGCAAGUAAAAAGAGAAAAAGAGGAUGAACCUAAAAGUGAUCAAGUUCAGAAUAACAUUUUAAACAUUCCUAGUGUUCAAAUUUAUAAGACAGCACUAAAUGAUAGUAGUCAGUUUUUAAGUGACAACACAGUUUUAACUCUAAAUCCAAAUGACGUAAAUAUUCAUAUGGAAAGUCAAUCUGAAAAUCACAGUAAUGUUAAUACUCAAACCCAAACCCUCACUCAGAAUUAUAAAGCUACCCAAAAAGUAGAAACUGGUAAUUCGAAACCUGCCAAAAAGACCCAAUUUAGAGCUAAAAUGGGUGAGAUCAAAGUAAUUCUAUCUAUUGAUGGCAGCCCUUUGUAUCAGUGCCCAGAGUGCAGCAGCCAGUUUCAGCAAAAAGUCGAUAUUAAUGAUCAUAUGCAAAAGCACUUGAUGGAGCGAAAGUACAAAUGCACGGAUUGUGGAGCAAUGCUGAAGCGCAAGGAGCAUCUGGAUCAGCAUAUACGCGGCCACUCGGAUGAGCGUCCGUUCAGGUGCAAAGUAUGCCCAAAGGCCUUCAAACGUAACGAGCAUCUGACCAGGCACGCCGUCACUCACUCAGGCGACAAAAAUUAUUUGUGCCAGAUCUGCAACAAAGCGUUCUCGCGUAAAGAUCAUCUAAGUAAGCACACUCAAACACAUCUAGGUAUCAGAAAGCCCAAAGUGAAGAAGGUCCCCUCUACGGUGUCUAAUGAAGCAAGUGUGACCAUGAAUACUACGGCAACAACUUCAAUGCUCCUCAGGCCAGAUCUUAAUAACUUUCUAAAAGAGGGGAGUAUCAAGCCGGAAUCGAAAACACAGCAGCUGUUCCAACAAAUUCAAAAUAUGCCAGAUUCAAGCAAACUUGUAUUCUCCAUGCUUCACGAGCACGUGUUUAAAGAUAACGCCGGUUUGCAUCAUCAGGCCGUCAAUAUGAAUGAGAUCUUACCACAAAGCACGAGGUACCUCGCACCUUCGUAAUUUUUUCUUUUUUUAACCUUUUCUGAUCGUUUCAAAUUAACUGAGUGCGUAUACUUACGCGCAAUUUUACCAUGAAGUAGUAGUUAGCCGAAAAAAAACUUUUAGAGUCGUAUUUGUAGACUAGGUGGUUUUUUAUAUAUAAAAAAAAAAAAUGUAAAUGUUUUAAAGAUAAGUAAGUAAAUUAAUAUUUUUAGAUGCCUAGAUUUACAUGAAAUUUUGUACAAGCGAUGAGUGAGUGUGA